AAGAGCCGGUAGAGUGUGAUCAAGAGGAAGUACUUGCUUGUUAAUGGAACUGUGAAUGGCAUUCGAGCGAUAUGAAUAGAAUGGAGGACAGUCAGGACCAGCAAUGAAAGCCAACCAUGAGAGCUAACGUUCUGAGAACAUUGCUUUCUGUUGAGCUAGAUGAUAUGAAUCAUGCCACUGAGGAUGAAGUCAGUAGCAUACAGUGCGAUAAAUUUCAUGAGUGUUAUGGCCAAGCCAAAAAAUACUUCCCGUACAUGGACUCAGUAACUGAGCUUUCAGUCUUUUUGGUGCUGUGAUUCCAAACUCACUCUUCAGCGCCGCAGAGUCACUUAACCGAUCG